UUAUAUUUCGAGAACCAAUGGAAUGCAUAAAAUAAAUCAAGAAUUUUAUUCAAGUGAAUCGGUUGUUGGUGGUGGAAGUGGUGAAGGGAUAAAGAAAGCAAUUCGCAAUUUUUCUUUGAAUCCAGAGAAUCCCGGACAUUUUAGGUUCUUGUCUACGAUGUUGAGAGUUGAAAGCAACACAAACCUUGAUCAUCUCGAGGGGUUCACUGAAUUCGAAGAUGAAAUCCACUUUGAUGAAGAUGAUCCUGACUUUGAACAUCACGGAUCACUGCAUAACAUCUUCUUUGGAGGCCAAACUUUAUCGCUUAGAACUGGCGCAUCUUUGGUACCGGCAAAGAUGUCCUUAGCCAGUGUCCACCAUCCCGCUGACAUCCACUCCAGCCAUAGUUCUCUGGCCACGCUGAGCCACAGCCUGGAGGACAUCGCCUCCUGGAGCUACAACGCCCACGAAGCCGUCCUCACCAUCGAGGAGUUACGGGAUCAGUUGAACUGCUGCUUCACCUGCGGAGUUUCCUGGGCGGAAAGCCACGUGUCCCUGGACUGUGUGGAGUGCGGCGGUUACGCCCUGGAGAGGAACUGCCCGAAGUGCGACGGCGCCUGCGGGGCCACCUGGAAGAGGGAUCUGAGCACUUCUCACUCUAGUGGCAAAGCGAAAUGGACCGGGGAAUGCCAAAAAGGUCAAAAAAGAGAAUGCGCCACCACGUCCCCGGUGUCCCAAGAGUUGAGUAGUCGUUUGGAGCGUCUGAGUGCUAACUCAUGACGCCAUUUCACACUCUAACCUAACUCACACCUAGGCUAAGUCUACUUUAAGUUAAUUUAUGCACAUCUCCUAUACAGGGAAUUAUUUAUUUACGUUUUUAUAGUGAAUAAUAUUAAUUUCGUGUUAAGUAUUGGGAGGGCUAAAGUGUGUUAAAGGUUAGAGAGACCCUUCUGAUUAAUAAUUUCUUGUGCUCGAGAAAUAGGCCAAUGUUUUACAUUAAAACCCCCCCAAAAUUUUAGGUAAUAUCCGAUUACCGGCUAGUAAAUAUGGUUUUUAUAUGAGGGUACCAAGCAUACAUUCCUUUUAAAGAAAAAUUGCUUUUUUAUUGGAUAAAUGCUAUUUAUUGACUAAAUCAUCAUCUACUUUGUACCCUUUAUAGUUUUUGGUACAGUCAACAACAAAAAUAAAGGUAUUACUUUUGUAUGUGAUUGUACUAUAAGUAGUCUAGUUAAUGUAUCUCAUCGUCGUAAGGUAGAUAUCUUGCUAUUUGUACUUUUUGACUUAAAUAUUAUAAAAAUCAUAUAAAAAAUGUUUUUCUAUCCAAUAUUAACUUACGGAUAUUGUGUUUUGUAUGACUGACAUAAGUGUAAUGUAUCCUUUAAUAAAUAAAGUAAUAAAGCAUAUAAA